CAGCCAUUCUCCACAGCCUGAAGUUAGGAACCGGCAGCCAGCCUGAAGAGAGAAAUAUUCAGAGAGAGAGAGAGAGCACAAAUAAACAGAACAGUAAAAGUGAGGAGAAGUUUGUUAAAAGUUGGACGGUGGGAGAAAACUUUUGCGGCUGUGGCAGAAAGGCAUGAGCAGCGGAGGAUGCUCAUGCCGAGGUGGUGAAACUUUUUGGAAAGCACUGAGCUUCUCCAGGAAACAGUAAGACAGGAGUGGCAUUCAGCGUGUCCGACUGUUCUUGAGCACUCGAGGGAAAUACCAGGGCUGUCCACCCAGUCCACAGUCCAACCCAGUGGAUGCUCAAGACAAAAAAGGACUUAAAAUGGCUGAUGAAGAUCAGCCGAAGAUGGCUGAUGAAGAGGACACAAGGGAAGUGCUCUUCCCACAGUGGAUGGGCCCUGAUAAACAUGGGCUCACGUUAGAGCAAAAGGCUCAUGGAGAGAUUUUUGUCACAGAAGUGAAAGAAGAAAGCCCUGCAGCUCACACUGGAAGAGUAUUUGAAGGUGAUCAAAUUGUGGGUGCCACAAUUUACUUUGAGAACAUGAGCUCAGAAGAAACAUCUGACUUGUUGAAGACUCUUAAUCGACACAAGGUUGGACUAAAACUACAACACAAGACAGGAGACAAAUCACCUUGUCGCUCUCCCGUGGGCACAUUGUCAUGGGAGGGACGAGGUGGAUUUGGUGCAUCUAGUCCUGAAGUCCUCCUAAGCGGGGAUGAUGAUGAGUACAGACGAAUCUACACCAAAAAGAUUAAGCCCAGACUGAAGUCUGAGGACCUUGCAGAGGGAGUUGAUGUACGUACAGAACGACACAGCAGCACCAGCAGUGAUGGCAGCACCAUUACAACCAUUACUCGUCGCAUCACUACCUACACUGUGGACAUACCUGAAGGAUAUGCCAAUCAACAGAUUGAUAUUUCAAACCCAGAAUUUAAGAUUACUUCUGAUGGAAGCUCUCAGAUCAGGUUGCCUCAUGAAAGCAUUAUAAGCAGAGUUGGUGCACCAGAGGGUAUAGAUUUGGGUGAAGGUAGAAUAAGUGAAUCAGGGGACACUGGUUCUUCUGAGAAGCACUGGACUACAUCACAUGUCAAAACGUCUUUAGUAACAAAAGGAACCGAAGUAAGUGGAAAGGAGUUUAGAAUGAAUAUGUCUGACACUGGACUGGUAGGUAAAAAUGCACAAGGAGACGUGAAAAUAGGGGUAGACAAGGAUAGAAGUCAGGUAAGCAUUACUCCUCAUUUAAAAGAGCAUGAAGUUGUUUUUACACAGGAUAGUGAAACUGGGGUAAAAGGUUCAAAUGUUAAAGUAUUCAAACAGAUAGAUUCAAGUAAUUGGAGUAUCAAAGGCCCAAAGCUGACAGGGGAUGUUGCAGAGCUUUACAUUGCAAAGGGGCAGGGGGGAAAUGUCAGGGGUCCAGAAUUCGAGACAACAUCUAUGUCUAUGUCUGAUAAAGACAAAGAACUGAAAAUGAAAGGUGAAGUCAGCUUUUUGGUUCAAAAACCUGAGUUAAAUAUUAGAGACCCUAAAGUGGAAAUUGUAGGUCCAGAAGUUUACACUGAGGAAGUCGAAAGUGGAUUUAAGAUGCCAAAAAUAAAAAUGACAUCCCAUGCCAUGAAGUCCGAUUUAAAAGGUACACAAAUUGACAUUGGGGCCCCAGAGAUAAAGGGAGACAGUGAGGUUUUAAUACGCAAAGGUGAGGUAAACAUAAAGGCCCCAAAUGUAUAUGUAAGUGGCACAGCUCUGAAUGCAAAUUUAAGCAAAGGCGAUGCUGUCAUAAAAGGUCCAACAUUCAAUGUCAGUAUGCCAUCCAUCACUGGUCCAAAGAUCUCUAAACCUGAGGGAGACCUUAUUGUGAAGGGUCAAAAGUUAAAAGGAGGAAUUGACCUUUCAGUUUCAGAAAUUGAAGGGGACGUGGAUGUUAAUCUUCCCAAAGCUGAAUUUGACAUAAAAGCACCAGCCAUAGAUAUUACCACUUCAGAUGUAACCAUUGAAGGACCUGAGGGAAAAGUGAAGGGUCAGAAAUUCAAGAUGCCAUCCAUUUCUGGUCCAAAAGUCUCUAUGCCUGAUGUGGAUUUCAACCUGAAAGGCUCAAAAUUAAAAGGUGAUGUUGAUGUGUCGGUUUCAAAGAUUAAAGGGGACAUUACAGCACCAAAGGUAGAACUUGAGGGCCCAGAUGUCAAUAUUGAAGGGCCCGAAGGAGGAUUCAAAAUGCCAAAGAUCAAAAUGCCAUCAUUUGGAAUUAAGGGGCCAAAGAUUGAGGGUCCUGAAGUGGAUCUAAAUCUCCCCAAAGCUGAUAUUGACAUUAAAGCACCAGCCAUAGAUGUAAAAGCUCCAGAAGUUGACAUUGAGGGACCUGAGGGAAAAGUGAAAGGUUCAAAAUUCAAAAUGCCAUCCAUUUCUGGUCCAAAAGUCCCGAUGCCUGAUGUGGAUUUCAACCUGAAAGGCCCUAAAGUAAAGGGUGAUGUCGAUGUGUCAGUUCCAACGAUGAAAGGGCACAUUAAGACACAGAAGGUAGAACUCGAAGGCCCAGAUGUAAAUAUUGAAGGGCCUGAAGGAGGAUUUAAAAUGCCAAAGAUCAAAAUGCCAUCAUUUGGUAUUAAGGGGCCAAAAAUUGAGGGUUCUGAAAUGGAUGUAAAUCUUCCCAAAGCUGAUAUUGACAUAAAAGCACCAGCCAUAGAUAUAAAGCCACCAGAAGUUAAUAUUGAGGGACCUGAGGGAAAACUGAGGGGUGCGAAAAUCAAGAUACCAUCUAUUUCUGGUCCAAAGAUCUCUAUGCCUGAUGUAAAUUUUAACCUGAAAGGCCCUAAAGUAAAGGGUGAUGUUGAUGUGUCUGUUCCAAAGAUCGAAGGAGACAUUACAGCACCAAAGGUAGAACUCGAGGGUUCAGAGGUCAAUAUUGAAGGGCCUGAAGGAGGAUUCAAGAUGCCAAAGAUCAAAAUGCCAUCAUUUGGAGUUAGGGGUCCAAAGGUUGAGGGUCCUGAAGUGGAUGUAAAUCUCCCCAAAGCUGAUAUUGACAUGAAAGCACCAGAAGUUUACAUUGAGGGACCUGAGGGAAAAGUGAAGGGUCUGAAAUUCAAGAUGCCAUCCAUUUCUGGUCCUAAGAUCUCUAUGCCAGAUGUGGAUUUAAAUCUUAAAGGCCCUAAAGUAAAGGGUGAUGUUGAUGUGUCGGUUUCAAAAAUUGAGGGAGACAUUAAGGUUCCUGAAGUUGACAUUGAGGGACCUGAAGGAAAAGUGAAAGGUUCAAAAUUCAAAAUGCCAUCCAUUUCUGGUCCAAAGAUCUCUAUGCCAGAUGUUGAUUUCAACCUGAAAGGCCCUAAAGUAAAGGGUGAUGUUGACAUUAAUGUUCCAGAAGUUGACAUUGAGGGACCUGAGGGAAAAGUGAAGGGUUCGAAAUUCAAGAUGCCAUCCAUUUCUGGUCCAAAGAUCUCUAUGCCUGAUGUGGAUUUCAACCUGAAAGGCCCUAAAGUAAAGGGUGAUGUUGACAUUAAUGUUCCAGAAGUUGACAUUGAGGGACCUGAGGGAAAGGUAAAGGGUUCGAAAUUCAAGAUGCCAUCCAUUUCUGGUCCAAAGAUCUCUAUGCCAGAUGUUGACUUCAACCUAAAAGGCCCUAAAAUAAAGGGUGAUGUUGAUGUGUCUGUUCCUAAGAUUGAAGGGGAUCUUAAGUCACCAAAAGUAGGAAUUGAGGGACCAGAGGUCGAUAUUGAGGGUCCUGAAGGAGGAUUCAAGAUGCCAAAGAUCAAAAUGCCAUCAUUUGGAAUUAAGGGGCCAAAGGUUGAGGGUCCUGAAGUGGAUGUAAAUCUCCCCAAAGCUGAUAUUGACAUAAAAGCACCAGAAAUUGACAUUGAGGGACCUGAGGGAAAAUUAAAGGGUCUGAAAUUCAAGAUGCCAUCUAUUUCUGGUCCGAAGAUCUCUAUGCCUGAUGUGGAUUUCAACCUGAAAGGCCCUAAAGUAAAGGGUGAUGUUGACAUUAAUGUUCCAGAAGUUGACAUUGAGGGAACUGAGGGAAAAGUGAAGGGUCCGAAAUUCAAGAUGCCAUCCAUUUCUGGUCCAAAUAUCUCAAUGCCAGAUGUGGAUUUCAACCUGAAAGGCCCUAAACUGAAGGGCGAUGUUGAUGUGUCUGUUCCAAAGAUUGAAGGAGAUAUUAAAGCACCAAAAGUAGACCUUGAAGGACCAGAGGUCGAUAUUGAGGGUCCAGAAGGAGGAUUCAAGAUGCCAAAGAUCAAAAUGCCAUCAUUUGGAAUGAAGGGGCCAAAGGUUGGUGGUCCUGAAGUGGAUGUAAAUCUCCCCAAAGCUGAUAUUGACAUCAAAGCACCAGAAAUUGACAUUGAGGGACCUGAGGGAAAAGUGAAGGUUGACAUUGAGGGACCUGAGGGAAAAGUGAAGGGUCCGAAAUUCAAGAUGCCAUCCAUUUCUGGUCCAAAGAUCUCUAUGCCAGAUGUUGACUUCAACCUGAAAGGCCCCAAACUGAAGGGUGAUGUUGAUGUGUCUGUUCCUAAAAUUGAAGGGGAUCUGAAGUCACCAAAAGUAGGAAUUGAGGGACCAGAGGUCGAUAUUGAGGGUCCUGAAGGAGGAUUCAAAAUGCCAAAGAUCAAAAUGCCAUCAUUUGGAAUUAAGGGGCCAAGGGUUGAGGGUCCUGAAGUGGAUGUAAAUCUUCCCAAAGCUGAUAUUAACAUAAAAGCACCAGAAAUUGACAUUGGGGGACCUGAGGGAAAAGUGAAGGGUCCGAAAUUCAAGAUGCCAUCUAUUUCUGGUCCAAAGAUCUCUAUGCCUGAUGGGGAUUUCAAUCUGAAAGGCCCUAAAGUAAAGGGUGAUGUUGACAUUAAUGUUCCAGAAGUUGACAUUGAGGGACCUGAAGGAAAGGUGAAGGGUUCGAAAUUCAAGAUGCCAUCCAUUUCUGGUCCCAAGAUCUCUAUGCCAGAUGUUGACUUCAACCUGAAAGGCCCUAAACUGAAGGGUGAUGUUGAUGUGUCUGUUUCAAAGAUUGAAGGAGAUCUAAAAGCACAGAAAGUAGACCUUGAAGGACCGGAGGUCAAUAUUGAAGGGCCUGAAGGAGGAUUCAAGAUGCCAAAGAUCAAAAUGCCAUCAUUUGGAAUAAAGGGGCCAAAGAUUGAGGGUCCUGAAGUGGAUGUAAAUCUUCCCAAAGCUGAUAUUGACAUAAAUGCACCAGAAAUUGACACUGAGGGACCUGAGGGAAAAGUGAAAGGUCCGAAAUUCAAGAUGCCAUCCAUUUCUGGUCCAAAGAUCUCUAUGCCUGAUGUGGAUUUCAACCUGAAAGGCCCUAAAGUAAAGGGUGAUGUUGACAUCAAAGCACCAGAAAUUGACAUUGAGGGACCUGAGGGAAAAGUAAAGGGUCCAAAAUUCAAGAUGCCAUCCAUUUCUGGUCCAAAGAUCUCUAUGCCAGAUGUUGACUUCAACCUGAAAGGCCCUAAACUGAAGGGUGACGUUGAUUUGUCUGUUCCUAAGAUUGAAGGGGAUCUUAAGUCACCGAAGGUAGGAAUUGAGGGACCCGAGGUCGAUAUUGAGGGUCCUGAAGGAGGAUUCAAGAUGCCAAAAAUCAAAAUGCCAUCAUUUGGAAUGAAGGGGCCAAAGGUUGGUGGUCUUGAAGUGGAUGUAAAUCUCCCCAAAGCUGAUAUUGACAUCAAAGCACCAGAAAUUGACAUUGAGGGACCUGAGGGAAAAGUGAAGGGUCCGAAAUUCAAGAUGCCAUCCAUUUCUGGUCCAAAGAUCUCUAUGCCUGAUGUGGAUUUCAACCUGAAAGGCCCUAAAGUAAAGGGUGAUGUUGAUGUGUCUGUUCCAAAGAUUGAAGGAGAUAUUAAAGCACCGAAAGUAGACCUUGAAGGACCAGAGGUCAAUAUUGAAGGGCCUGAAGGAGGAUUCAAAAUGCCAAAGAUCAAAAUGCCAUCAUUUGGAAUAAAGGGGCCAAAGAUUGAGGGUCCUGAAGUGGAUGUAAAUCUCCCCAAAGCUGAUAUUGACAUAAAUGCACCAGAAAUUGACACUGAGGGAAAAGUGAAAGGUCCGAAAUUCAAGAUGCCAUCCAUUUCUGGUCCAAAGAUCUCUAUGCCUGAUGUGGAUUUCAACCUGAAAGGCCCUAAAGUAAAGGGUGAUGUUGACAUCAAAGCACCAGAAAUUGACAUUGAGGGACCUGAGGGAAAAGUAAAGGGUCCAAAAUUCAAGAUGCCAUCCAUUUCUGGUCCAAAGAUCUCUAUGCCAGAUGUUGACUUCAACCUGAAAGGCCCUAAACUGAAGGGUGACGUUGAUUUGUCUGUUCCUAAGAUUGAAGGGGAUCUUAAGUCACCGAAAGUAGGAAUUGAGGGACCCGAGGUCGAUAUUGAGGGUCCUGAAGGAGGAUUCAAGAUGCCAAAAAUCAAAAUGCCAUCAUUUGGAAUGAAGGGGCCAAAGGUUGGUGGUCCUGAAGUGGAUGUAAAUCUCCCCAAAGCUGAUAUUGACAUCAAAGCACCAGAAAUUGACAUUGAGGGACCUGAGGGAAAAGUGAAGGGUCCGAAAUUCAAGAUGCCAUCCAUUUCUGGUCCAAAGAUCUCUAUGCCUGAUGUGGAUUUCAACCUGAAAGGCCCUAAAGUAAAGGGUGAUGUUGACAUUAAUGUUCCAGAAGUUGACAUUGAGGGACCUGAGGGAAAAGUGAAGGGUCCGAAAUUCAAGAUGCCAUCCAUUUCUGGUCCAAAGAUCUCUAUGCCUGAUGUGGAUUUCAACCUGAAAGGCCCUAAACUGAAGGGUGAUGUUGAUGUGUCUGUUCCAAAGAUUGAAGGAGAUGUUAAAGCACCGAAAGUAGACCUUGAAGGACCGGAGGUCAAUAUUGAAGGGCCUGAAGGAGGAUUCAAGAUGCCAAAGAUCAAAAUGCCAUCAUUUGGAAUGAAGGGGCCAAAGGUUGGGGGUCCAGAAGUGGAUAUAAAUCUCCCCAAAGCUGAUAUUGACAUCAAAGCACCAGAAAUUGACAUUGAGGGACCUGAGGGAAAAGUAAAGGGUCCGAAAUUCAAGAUGCCAUCUAUUUCUGGUCCGAAGAUCUCUAUGCCUGAUGUUGACUUCAACAUGAAAGGCCCUAAACUGAAGGGUGACGUUGAUUUGUCUGUUCCUAAGAUUGAAGGGGAUCUUAAGUCACCGAAAGUAGGAAUUGAGGGUCCCGAGGUCGAUAUUGAGGGUCCUGAAGGAGGAUUCAAGAUGCCAAAAUUCAAAAUGCCAUCAUUUGGAAUAAAGGGGCCAAAGGUUGGUGGUCCUGAAGUGGAUGUAAAUCUCCCCAAAGCUGAUAUUGACAUCAGAGCACCAGAAAUUGACAUUGAGGGACCUGAGGGAAAAGUGAAGGGUCCGAAAUUCAAGAUGCCAUCCAUUUCUGGUCCAAAGAUCUCUAUGCCUGAUGUGGAUUUCAACCUGAAAGGCCCUAAAGUAAAGGGUGAUGUUGACAUUAAUGUUCCAGAAGUUGACAUUGAGGGACCUGAGGGAAAAGUGAAGGGUCCGAAAUUCAAGAUGCCAUCCAUUUCUGGUCCAAAGAUCUCUAUGCCUGAUGUGGAUUUCAACCUGAAAGGCCCUAAACUGAAGGGUGAUGUUGAUGUGUCUGUUCCAAAGAUUGAAGGAGAUGUUAAAGCACCGAAAGUAGACCUUGAAGGACCGGAGGUCAAUAUUGAAGGGCCUGAAGGAGGAUUCAAGAUGCCAAAGAUCAAAAUGCCAUCAUUUGGAAUGAAGGGGCCAAAGGUUGGGGGUCCAGAAGUGGAUAUAAAUCUCCCCAAAGCUGAUAUUGACAUCAAAGCACCAGAAAUUGACAUUGAGGGACCUGAGGGAAAAGUAAAGGGUCCGAAAUUCAAGAUGCCAUCUAUUUCUGGUCCGAAGAUCUCUAUGCCUGAUGUUGACUUCAACAUGAAAGGCCCUAAACUGAAGGGUGACGUUGAUUUGUCUGUUCCUAAGAUUGAAGGGGAUCUUAAGUCACCGAAAGUAGGAAUUGAGGGUCCCGAGGUCGAUAUUGAGGGUCCUGAAGGAGGAUUCAAGAUGCCAAAAUUCAAAAUGCCAUCAUUUGGAAUGAAGGGGCCAAAGGUUGGUGGUCCUGAAGUGGAUGUAAAUCUCCCCAAAGCUGAUAUUGACAUCAGAGCACCAGAAAUUGACAUUGAGGGACCUGAGGGAAAAGUGAAGGGUCCGAAAUUCAAGAUGCCAUCCAUUUCUGGUCCAAAGAUCUCUAUGCCUGAUGUGGAUUUCAACCUGAAAGGCCCUAAAGUAAAGGGUGAUGUUGACAUUAAUGUUCCAGAAGUUGACAUUGAGGGACCUGAGGGAAAAGUGAAGGGUCCGAAAUUCAUGAUGCCAUCUAUUUCUGGUCCAAAGAUCUCUAUGCCUGAUGUGGAUUUCAACCUGAAAGGCCCUAAACUGAAGGGUGAUGUUGAUGUGUCUGUUCCAAAGAUUGAAGGAGAUGUUAAAGCACCAAAAGUAGACCUUGAAGGAUCGGAGGUCAAUAUUGAAGGGCCUGAAGGAGGAUUCAAGAUGCCAAAGAUCAAAAUGCCAUCAUUUGGAAUGAAGGGGCCAAAGGUUGGGGGUCCAGAAGUGGAUAUAAAUCUCCCCAAAGCUGAUAUUGACAUCAAAGCACCAGAAAUUGACAUUGAGGGACCUGAGGGAAAAGUAAAGGGUCCGAAAUUCAAGAUGCCAUCUAUUUCUGGUCCGAAGAUCUCUAUGCCUGAUGUUGACUUCAACAUGAAAGGCCCUAAACUGAAGGGUGACGUUGAUUUGUCUGUUCCUAAGAUUGAAGGGGAUCUUAAGUCACCGAAAGUAGGAAUUGAGGGUCCCGAGGUCGAUAUUGAGGGUCCUGAAGGAGGAUUCAAGAUGCCAAAAUUCAAAAUGCCAUCAUUUGGAAUAAAGGGGCCAAAGGUUGGUGGUCCUGAAGUGGAUGUAAAUCUCCCCAAAGCUGAUAUUGACAUCAGAGCACCAGAAAUUGACAUUGAGGGACCUGAGGGAAAAGUGAAGGGUCCGAAAUUCAAGAUGCCAUCUAUUUCUGGUCCGAAGAUCUCUAUGCCUGAUGUGGAUUUCAACCUGAAAGGCCCUAAAGUAAAGGGUGAUGUUGACAUUAAUGUUCCAGAAGUUGACAUUGAGGGACCUGAGGGAAAAGUGAAGGGUCCGAAAUUCAAGAUGCCAUCCAUUUCUGGUCCAAAGAUCUCUAUGCCAGAUGUUGACUUCAACCUGAAAGGCCCUAAACUGAAGGGUGAUGUUGAUGUGUCUGUUCCUAAGAUUGAAGGGGAUCUUAAGUCACCGAAAGUACGAAUUGAGGGACCCGAGGUCGAUAUUGAGGGUCCUGAAGGAGGAUUCAAGAUGCCAAAAAUCAAAAUGCCAUCAUUUGGAAUGAAGGGGCCAAAGGUUGGUGGUCCUGAAGUGGAUGUAAAUCUCCCCAAAGCUGAUAUUGACAUCAAAGCACCAGAAAUUGACAUUGAGGGACCUGAGGGAAAAGUGAAGGUUGACAUUGAGGGACCUGAGGGAAAAGUGAAGGGUCCGAAAUUCAAGAUGCCAUCCAUUUCUGGUCCAAAGAUCUCUAUGCCUGAUGUGGAUUUCAACCUGAAAGGCCCUAAACUGAAGGGUGAUGUAGAUGUGUCUGUUCCAAAAUUUGAAGGAGAUAUUAAAGCACCGAAAGUAGACCUUGAAGGACCGGAGGUCAAUAUUGAAGGGCCUGAAGGAGGAUUCAAGAUGCCAAAGAUCAAAAUGCCAUCAUUUGGAAUUAAGGGGCCAAAGUUUGAGGGUCCUGAAGUGGAUGUAAAUCUCCCCAAAGCUGAUAUUGACAUCAAAGCACCAGAAAUUUACAUUGAGGGACCUGAGGGAAAAGUAAAGGGUCCAAAAUUCAAGAUGCCAUCCAUUUCUGGUCCAAAGAUCUCUAUGCCUGAUGUGGAUUUCAACCUGAAAGGCCCUAAAGUAAAGGGUGAUGUUGACAUUAAUGUUCCAGAAGUUGAGAUUGAGGGACCUGAGGGAAAACUGAAGAGUCCAAAAUUCAAGAUGCCAUCUAUUUCUGGUCCGAAGAUCUCUAUGCCUGAUGUGGAUUUCAACCUGAAAGGCCCUAAAGUAAAGGGUGAUGUUGACAUUAAUGUUCCAGAAGUUGACAUUGAGGGACCUGAGGGAAAAGUGAAGGGUCCAAAAUUCAAGAUGCCAUCCAUUUCUGGUCCAAAGAUCUCUAUGCCUGAUGUGGAUUUCAACCUGAAAGGCCCUAAACUGAAGGGUGAUGUUGAUGUGUCUGUUCCAAAGAUUGAAGGGGAUAUUAAGUCACCAAAAGUAGAAAUUGAGGGACCAGAGGUCGAUAUUGAAGGGCCUGAAGGAAAAUUCAAGAUGCCAAAGAUCAAAAUGCCAUCAUUUGGAAUAAAGGGGCCAAAGGUUGAGGGCCCUGAAGUGGAUGUUAAUCUCCCCAAAGCUGAUAUUGACAUAAAAGCACCAGAAAUUGAAAUUAAAAGUCCUGAAGGAAAAGUGAAGGGUCCGAAAUUCAAGAUGCCAUCCAUUUCUGGUCCAAAGAUCUCUAUGCCUAAUGUGGAUUUCAACCUGAAAUCACCUAAAAUUAAGGGGGAUGUUGAUGUGUCCAUUCCAAAAAUUGAGGGAGACAUUAAGGUUCCAGAAGUGGACAUGGAAAGUCCUAAGGGAAAAGUAAAGGGUCCAAAAUUCAAGAUGCCAUCUAUUUCUGGUCCAAAGAUCUCUAUGCCUGAUGUGGAUUUCAACCUGAAAGGCCCUAAAGUAAAAGGUGAUGUUGACAUUAAUGUUCCGGAAGUUGACAUUGAAGGUCCUGAGGGAAAACUGAAGAGUCCAAAAUUCAAGAUGCCAUCCAUUUCUGGUCCAAAGAUCUCUAUGCCUGAUGUGGAUUUCAACCUGAAAGGCCCUAAACUGAAGGGUGAUGUUGAUGUGUCUGUUCCAAAGAUUGAAGGGGAUAUUAAGUCACCAAAAGUAGGAAUUGAAGGACCAGAGGUCAAUAUUGAGGGGCGUGAAGGAGGAUUCAAGAUGCCAAAGAUCAAAAUGCCAUCAUUUGGAAUUAAGGGGCCAAAGUUUGAGGGUCCUGAAGUGGAUGUAAAUCUCCCCAAAGCUGAUAUUGACAUAAAGGCACCAGAAAUUGACAUUGAGGGACCUGAGGGAAAAGUGAAGGGUCCAAAAUUCAAGAUGCCAUCUAUUUCUGGUCCAAAGAUCUCUAUGCCUGAUAUGGAUUUCAACCUGAAAGGCCCUAAACUGAAGGGUGAUGUUGACAUUAAUGUUCCAGAAGUUGACAUUGAAGGUCCUGAGGGAAAAGUGAAGGGUCCAAAAUUCAAAAUGCCAUCCAUUUCUGGUCCAAAGAUCUCUAUGCCUGAUAUUGAUUUCAACCUGAAAGGCCCUAAAGUAAAGGGUGAUGUUGACAUUAAUGUUCCAGAAGUUGAGCUUGAGGGACCUGAGGGAAAAGUGAAGGGUCCAAAAUUCAAGAUGCCAUCUAUUUCUGGUCCAAAGAUCUCUAUGCCUGAUAUGGAUUUCAACCUUAAAGGCCCUAAAGUAAAGGGUGAUGUUGACAUUAAUGUUCCAGAAGUUGAGAUUGAGGGACCUGAGGGAAAACUGAAGAGUCCAAAAUUCAAGAUGCCAUCCAUUUCUGGUCCAAAGAUCUCUAUGCCUGAUAUGGAUUUCAACCUGAAAGGCCCCAAAGUAAAGGGUGAUGUUGACAUUAAUGUUCCAGAAGUUGACAUUGAAGGUCCUGAGGGAAAAGUGAAGGGUCCAAAAUUCAAAAUGCCAUCCAUUUCUGGUCCAAAGAUCUCUAUGCCUGAUAUGGAUUUCAACCUGAAAGGCCCUAAAGUAAAGGGUGAUGUUGACAUUAAUGUUCCAGAAGUUGACAUUGAGGGACCUGAGGGAAAAGUGAAGGGUCCAAAAUUCAAGAUGCCAUCUAUUUCUGGUCCGAAGAUCUCUAUGCCUGAUGUGGAUUUCAACCUGAAAGGCCCUAAAGUAAAGGGUGAUGUUGACAUUAAUGUUCCAGAAGUUGACAUUGAGGGACCUGAGGGAAAAGUGAAGGGUCCAAAAUUUAAGAUGCCAUCUAUUUCUGGUCCGAAGAUCUCUUUGCCUGAUAUGGAUUUCAACCUGAAAGGCCCUAAACUGAAGGGUGAUGUUGAUGUGUCUAUUCCAAAGAUUGAAGGGGAUAUUAAGUCACCAAAAGUAGGAAUUGAAGGACCAGCGGUCAAUAUUGAGGGGCGUGAAGGAGGAUUCAAGAUGCCAAAGAUCAAAAUGCCAUCAUUUGGAAUUAAGGGGCCAAAGUUUGAGGGUCCCGAAGUGGAUGUAAAUCUCCCCAAAGCUGAUAUUGACAUAAAGGCACCAGAAAUUGACAUUGAGGGACCUGAGGGAAAAGUGAAGGGUCCAAAAUUCAAGAUGCCAUCCAUUUCUGGUCCAAAGAUCUCUAUGCCUGAUAUGGAUUUCAACCUGAAAGGCCCUAAAGUAAAGGGUGAUGUUGACAUUAAUGUUCCAGAAGUUGACAUUGAGGGACCUGAGGGAAAAGUGAAGGGUCCAAAAUUUAAGAUGCCAUCUAUUUCUGGUCCAAAGAUCUCUAUGCCUGAUAUGGAUUUCAACCUUAAAGGCCCUAAAGUAAAGGGUGAUGUUGACAUUAAUGUUCCAGAAGUUGACAUUGAAGGUCCUGAGGGAAAAGUGAAGGGUCCAAAAUUCAAAAUGCCAUCCAUUUCUGGUCCAAAGAUCUCUAUGCCUGAUAUGGAUUUCAACCUGAAAGGCCCUAAAGUAAAGGGUGAUGUUGACAUUAAUGUUCCAGAAGUUGACAUUGAGGGACCUGAGGGAAAAGUGAAGGGUCCAAAAUUCAAGAUGCCAUCUAUUUCUGGUCCGAAGAUCUCUAUGCCUGAUGUGGAUUUCAACCUUAAAGGCCCUAAAGUAAAGGGUGAUGUUGACAUUAAUGUUCCAGAAGUUGAGCUUGAGGGACCUGAGGGAAAAGUGAAGGGUCCAAAAUUCAAGAUGCCAUCUAUUUCUGGUCCAAAGAUCUCUAUGCCUGAUAUGGAUUUCAACCUGAAAGGCCCCAAAGUAAAGGGUGAUGUUGACAUUAAUGUUCCAGAAGUUGACAUUGAAGGUCCUGAGGGAAAAGUGAAGGGUCCAAAAUUCAAAAUGCCAUCCAUUUCUGGUCCAAAGAUCUCUAUGCCUGAUAUGGAUUUCAACCUGAAAGGCCCUAAAGUAAAGGGUGAUGUUGACAUUAUUGUUCCAGAAGUUGACAUUGAGGGACCUGAGGGAAAAGUGAAGGGUCCAAAAUUCAAGAUGCCAUCCAUUUCUGGUCCAAAGAUCUCUAUGCCUGAUGUGGAUUUCAACCUGAAAGGCCCUAAAGUAAAGGGUGAUGUUGACAUUAAUGUUCCAGAAGUUGACAUUGAGGGACCUGAGGGAAAAGUGAAGGGUCCAAAAUUUAAGAUGCCAUCUAUUUCUGGUCCGAAGAUCUCUUUGCCUGAUAUGGAUUUCAACCUGAAAGGCCCUAAACUGAAGGGUGAUGUUGAUGUGUCUGUUCCAAAGAUUGAAGGGGAUAUUAAGUCACCAAAAGUAAGAAUUGAAAGACCAGAGGUCAAUAUUGAGGGGCCUGAAGGAGGAUUCAAGAUGCCAAAGAUCAAAAUGCCAUCAUUUGGAAUUAAGGGGCCAAAGUUUGAGGGUCCUGAAGUGGAUGUAAAUCUCCCCAAAGCUGAUAUUGACAUAAAGGCACCAGAAAUUGACAUUGAGGGACCUGAGGGAAAAGUGAAGGGUCCAAAAUUUAAGAUGCCAUCCAUUUCUGGUCCAAAGAUCUCUAUGCCUGAUGUGGAUUUCAACCUGAAAGGCCCCAAAGUAAAGGGUGAUGUUGACAUUAAUGUUCCAGAAGUUGACAUUGAAGGUCCUGAGGGAAAAGUGAAGGGUCCAAAAUUCAAGAUGCCAUCUAUUUCUGGUCCGAAGAUCUCUAUGCCUGAUGUGGAUUUCAAUCUUAAAGGCCCUAAAGUAAAGGGUGAUGUUGACAUUAAUGUUCCAGAAGUUGACAUUGAGGGACCUGAGGGAAAACUGAAGAGUCCAAAAUUCAAGAUGCCAUCCAUUUCUGGUCCAAAGAUCUCUAUGCCUGAUGUGGAUUUCAACCUGAAAGGCCCCAAAGUAAAGGGUGAUGUUGACAUUAAUGUUCCAGAAGUUGACAUUGAAGGUCCUGAGGGAAAAGUGAAGGGUCCAAAAUUCAAGAUGCCAUCUAUUUCUGGUCCGAAGAUCUCUAUGCCUGAUGUGGAUUUCAAUCUUAAAGGCCCUAAAGUAAAGGGUGAUGUUGACAUUAAUGUUCCAGAAGUUGACAUUGAGGGACCUGAGGGAAAACUGAAGAGUCCAAAAUUCAAGAUGCCAUCCAUUUCUGGUCCAAAGAUCUCUAUGCCUGAUGUGGAUUUCAACCUGAAAGGCCCCAAAGUAAAGGGUGAUGUUGACAUUAAUGUUCCAGAAGUUGACAUUGAAGGUCCUGAGGGAAAACUGAAGAGUCCAAAAUUCAAGAUGCCAUCCAUUUCUGGUCCAAAGAUCUCUAUGCCUGAUGUGGAUUUCAACCUGAAAGGCCCUAAAGUAAAGGGUGAUGUUGAUGUUUCUGUUCCAAAGAUUGAAGGAGACAUUAGUGGCCCCAAAGUUGAAAUUGAAGGUCCAAAAGUUGACCUAGAUUUGCCAGAAGCUGGAUCAAAAAAAUCGAAGUUUAAAAUGCCAAAAUUCAAAAUGCCUAAAUUUGGAUUCAAGUCACCUAAAAUAGAUGGACCAAGUGUUGAUAUCGGAGAUGUUGAUGUCAACUUAAAAAGCCCAUCACUUGACAUUGAGGGACCAGAGGGCAAGAUAAAAGGACCUAAAUUUAAAAUGCCAUCUGUGUCAGGGCCAAAUAUCACUUUGCCUGAUGUGGAUCUUAAAGUGGAGGGACCAAAAGUCAAAGGGCCAAAACUGGAAGGCCCUGAUGUGGAAAUCAAUUUGCCUAAAGGAGAUAUUGACAUCAAAAGUCCCAAGGUUGAUUUGAAAAGCCCAAAUAUUGAUGUGGAGGGACCCGAAGGGAAAAUUAAAGGUCCCAAAUUCAAAAUGCCUUCGAUAUCUGGUCCAAAGAUUUCCAUGCCAGAUGUUGACUUCAAUCUAAAAGGCCCUAAAUUGAAGGGUGACGUGGAUGUCUCAGUUCCUAAGAUUGAAGGUGAUCUUAAAGCACCAAAAGUAAACAUUGAGGGUCCAGAGCUUGACAUUGAAGGGCCAGAAGGGAAAAUUAAAGGUCCCAAAUUCAAAAUACCUUCGAUAUCUGGUCCAAAGAUUUCCAUGCCAAAUAUGGACUUUAAUCUGAAAGGCCCUAAAUUGAAGGGUGACGUGGAUGUCUCAGUUCCUAAGAUUGAAGGUGACAUUAAAGUCCCGAAAGUAGACAUUGAAGGUCCAGAUAUGGAGUUAGAAGGCUCUGGAGGAGGAUUCAAGAUGCCUAAAAUCAAAAUGCCAUCAUUCGGAAUCAAGGGACCGAAAGUUGAUGCCCCUGAUGUUGAAGUAAAUUUACCAAAAGCAGAUAUUGACAUCAAAGGUCCCAAGUUUGAUAUGAAAAGUCCAGAUGUUGACAUUGAAGGGCCAGAAGGAAAAAUCAAAGGUCCCAAGUUUAAAAUGCCUUCUAUAUCCGGUCCAAAAAUUUCCAUGCCAGAUAUGGACUUCAAUCUAAAAGGCCCUAAAUUGAAGGGUGACAUGGAUGUCUCAGUUCCCAGCAUUGAAGGUGAUCUUAAAGCACCAAAAGUAAACAUUGAAGGUCCAGAGCUUGACAUUGAAGGGCCAGAAGGGAAAAUUAAAGGUCCCAAAUUCAAAAUGCCUUCGAUAUCUGGUCCAAAGAUUUCCAUGCCAGAUAUGGACUUUAAUCUGAAAGGCCCUAAAUUGAAGGGUGACGUGGAUGUCUCAGUUCCUAAGAUUGAAGGUGAUAUUAAAGUCCCGAAAGUAGACAUUAAAGGUCCAGAUAUGGAGUUAGAAGGCUCUGGAGGAGGAUUCAAGAUGCCUAAAAUCAAAAUGCCAUCAUUCGGAAUCAAGGGACCAAAAUUCGACGCCCCUGAUGUUGAAGUAAAUCUACCAAAAGCAGAUAUUGACAUCAAAGGUCCCAAGUUUGAUAUGAAAAGUCCAGAUGUUGACAUUGAAGGGCCAGAAGGAAAAAUCAAAGGUCCCAAGUUUAAAAUGCCUUCUAUAUCCGGUCCAAAGAUUUCCAUGCCAGAUAUGGACUUCAAUCUAAAAGGCCCUAAAUUGAAGGGUGACAUGGAUGUCUCAGUUCCCAGCAUUGAAGGUGAUCUUAAAGCACCAAAAGUAAACAUUGAAGGUCCAGAGCUUGACAUUGAAGGGCCAGAAGGAAAAAUUAAAGGUCCCAAAUUCAAAAUGCCUUCGAUAUCAGGUCCAAAGAUUUCCAUGCCAGAUAUGGACUUCAAUCUGAAAGGCCCUAAAUUGAAGGGUGACAUGGAUGUCUCAGUUCCUAAGAUUGAAGGUGAUAUUAAAGUCCCUAAAGUAGACAUUGAAGGUCCAGAUAUGGAGUUAGAAGGCUCUGGAGGAGGAUUCAAGAUGCCUAAAAUCAAAAUGCCAUCAUUCGGAAUCAAGGGACCAAAAGUCGACGCCCCUGAUGUUGAAGUAAAUCUACCAAAAGCAGAUAUUGACAUCAAAGGUCCCAAGUUUGAUAUGAAAAGUCCAGAUGUUGACAUUGAAGGGCCAGGAGGAAAAAUCAAAGGCUCCAAGUUUAAAAUGCCUUCUAUAUCCGGUCCAAAGAUUUCCAUGCCAGAUAUGGACUUCAAUCUAAAAGGCCCUAAAUUGAAGGGUGACAUGGAUGUCUCAGUUCCCAGCAUUGAAGGUGAUCUUAAAGCACCAAAAGUAAACAUUGAAGGUCCAGAGCUUGACAUUGAAGGGCCAGAAGGGAAAAUUAAAGGUCCCAAAUUCAAAAUGCCUUCGAUAUCUGGUCCAAAGAUUUCCAUGCCAGAUAUGGACUUCAAUCUGAAAGGCCCUAAAUUGAAGGGCGACGUGGAUGUCUCAGUUCCUAAGAUUGAAGGUGAUAUUAAAGUCCCUAAAGUAGACAUUGAAGGUCCAGAUAUGGAGUUAGAAGGCUCUGGAGGAGGAUUCAAGAUGCCUAAAAUCAAAAUGCCAUCAUUUGGAAUCAAGGGAUCAAAAGUCGACACCCCUGAUGUUGAAGUAAAUCUACCGAAGGCAGAUAUUGAUAUCAAAGGUCCCAAGAUUGAUAUGAAAAGCCCAGAUAUUGAUAUAGAGGGACCCGAAGGGAAAAUUAAAGGUCCCAAAUUCAAAAUGCCUUCUAUUUCUGGUCCAAAGAUUUCCAUGCCAGAUAUGGACUUCAAUCUGAAAGGCCCUAAAUUGAAGGGUGAUGUGGAUGUCUCAGUUCCCAGCAUUAAAGGUGAUCUUAAAGCACCAAAAGUAAACAUUGAAGGUCCAGAGCUUGACAUUGAGGGACCAGAGGGUGGUCUGAAAAUGCCUAAAAUCAAAAUGCCAUCAUUUGGAUUAAAAGGACCUAAAGUGGAGGGUCCUGAAGUUGAAGUGAAUCUAGCAAAGGCAGACAUGGACAUCAAAGGUCCCAAGAUUGAUAUGAAAAGCCCAGAUAUUGAUCUAGAGGGACCAGAAGGGAAAAUUAAAGGUCCCAAAUUCAAAAUGCCUUCGAUAUCUGGUCCAAAGAUUUCCAUGCCAGAUAUGGACUUUAAUCUGAAAGGCCCUAAAUUGAAGGGUGACGUGGAUGUCUCAGUUCCUAAGAUUGAAGGUGAUAUUAAAGUCCCUAAAGUAGACAUUGAAGGUCCAGAUAUGGAGUUAGAAGGCUCUGGAGGAGGAUUCAAGAUGCCUAAAAUCAAAAUGCCAUCAUUCGGAAUCAAGGGACCAAAAGUUGACGCCCCAGAUGUUGAAGUAAAUCUACCAAAGGCAGAUAUUGAUAUCAAAGGUCCCAGGUUUGAUAUGAAAAGUCCAGAUGUUGACAUUGAAGGGCCAGAAGGAAAAAUCAAAGGUCCCAAGUUUAAAAUGCCUUCUAUAUCCGGUCCAAAGAUUUCCAUGCCAGAUAUGGACUUCAAUCUAAAAGGCCAUAAAUUGAAGGGGGAUGUGGAUGUCUCAGUUCCCAGCAUUGAAGGUGAUCUUAAAGCACCAAAAGUAAACAUUGAAGGUCCAGAGCUUGACAUUGAAGGGCCAGAAGGGAAAAUUAAAGGUCCCAAAUUCAAAAUGCCUUCGAUAUCUGGUCCAAAGAUUUCCAUGCCAGAUAUGGACUUCAAUCUGAAAGGUCCUAAAUUGAAGGGUGACGUGGAUGUCUCAGUUCCUAAGAUUGAAGGUGAUAUUAAAGCACCAAAAGUAAACAUUGAAUGUCCAGAGCUUGACAUUGAAGGGCCAGAAGGGAAAAUUAAAGGUCCCAAAUUCAAAAUGCCUUCAAUAUCAGGUCCAAAGAUUUCCAUGCCAGAUAUGGAUUUCAAUCUGAAAGGCCCUAAAUUAAAGGGUGACAUGGAUGUCUCAGUUCCCAAGGUUGAAGGUGAUAUUAAAGUCCCGAAAGUAGACAUUGAAGGUCCAGAUGUGGAGUUAGAAGGCGUCGGAGGAGGAAUCAAGAUGCCUAAAAUCAAAAUGCCGUCAUUUGGAUUUAAAGGGCCUAAAGUGGAGGGUCCUGAAGUUGAAAUGAAUCUACCAAAGGCAGAUAUUGACAUCAAAGGUCCCAAGUUUGAUAUGAAAAGCCCAGAUAUUGAUAUGGAGGGACCCGAAGGGAAAAUUAAAGGUCCCAAAUUCAAAAUGCCUACCAUAUCUGGUCCAAAAAUUUCCAUGCCUGAUGUUGACUUUAAUCUGAAGGGCCCUAAAUUGAAGGGUGAUGUGGAUGUCUCAGUUCCUAAGAUUGAAGGUGAUAUUAAAGUCCCAAAAGUAGACAGUGAAGGUCCAUAUGUCAAUGUUGAAGGAACAGAAGGUGCUUUUAGAAUUCCCAAAAUAAAGAUACCAUCCUUUGGAGUCAAGAGUCCUGGGGUCGAGGGUCCUGACCUUAAAGGAACAGUAGGUGACAUCAAGAUGAAGAGCCCCAACAUUGAUGUUAGUGCAGAAGUUCCUAAUGUAGAUAUUAAUCUGAAAGGUAAAAAAGGCAAAGUAAAAAUGCCAAAGACUAAAGCAAAGAUAAAAACAGAUCUUAGUGUAGAUACUGAAUUGGCUGUAGACUCGCCCGAUGUUCAUGUCAAAGGACCUAAAGUAAAAAAGCCAUUGUUUGGAAAGUUACAUUUUCCUGAUGUGGAACUGGACCUCAAAUCCCCAAAGGUUAAAGGUGGUGUCUCGGGUUCUGGAAAUCUAAAAUCUGCUGAUUUGGAUUUAUCACCUACUGUCGGCUUUGAGGGUCCAGACGUCAAGGCUAAAAAAUCUAAGAUCAAAAUGCCCAAGUUUAGUAUGUCUGGACCUAAGGUUCAGACAACUGAAUUAAGUAUGAACGUGGAUGCUCCCGAGGCAAGAAUGGAAGGGCAUGGAUUAAAAGUUACGGGUGGUUUGAAGGACCCAGAAAUAAAAGGGAGCCUUGGAGGUCAAGUAAAAAGUCACACAAUUGAUAUAGGAAGUGUUAAAGCUGAAGGAGGAAUUCAGGAUGUAGGACUAAAGAUGCCAACUGUAAUGGUCAAAGUACCUCAAGGGGGUUCGGUAGAUCUAAAAACAGGAGAAAUGGGUGUGAAAACUGAUGCUGGAGCAUCGGGUGACUUUGAAUAUUCUGGGGGAAAUGUCACAUUUCCUAAAAUUAAAGUACCAGCGUUUGGAAUUGCUUUACCCCAGGUGCAAGGAAGGGAGAUGGGUGUAGAUGUAGGGUCAGGAGAAUUGAGUGCUAGUGGUCAUGCUGGCUCAGCAGGUUUGGAACUGCAGGGUCCAGAUCUGAAAAGCAGCGGUGCAAAAGUCAAAGUAAAGAAACUCUUUGGCAAGUCUAAAGCCAAGGGUGGAAGUGCAGCUGAUCUUACCGUUCAAGGACCUGAAAUUGAAGUUACGAGUGAAAGGGGUGUCAAAGGAUCUAAGGAAAUGAGUAUGAGUUCUGGUCAUCUGAUUGGUGGAAAAAUGGAGGGAGGUUCUGGCUUUAAGAUUUCACCUAAGAGUAAAUCUGCUUCACUUGAUCUUUACAAAAAGUCCAGGCAUCGUUCCUCUUCAUUCAGUGAUGAGGGUGAACUUGCUUCUCCAUCCGCAGUUGAAGGGCAUUUUGAGGGUGGUGAGAUUUCACUUGAUGUCGGAGAGGCUAAAGAGAAAGGGAAAAAAGGAAGGUUGAAGUUUGGCACAUUUGGUGGAUUUGGCUCAAAAACCAAGGGUUCAUAUGAGGUGACACUUGGGGAUGAUAGUGAAGCAGGGGUAGAGGGUGCAGGAGGAGUUGUUGUUCACUCAAAGAAAUCAAGAGUGUCAUCCACUUCCAGCGGUGAUAGUGGGUCAAAGGCUGGAUUUCGCUUACCACGGGUUGAACUUUCUGUUUCACCAAAGAAAUAAGGCAUCAUAAUAAAGGCACUAAUGUUCUUGCCAUUAUUCAUGCUAUUUUUUGACAUACACUUGUUUUUACACUAGAUGGCUAUUUUCCAAGACUCAUUUAACUGCAGUGUGCUGUCAAAUGUAGACAUUGUUCAUUUUCUCUUUAGCAUUCCAAAGUCUUCUUGUUUUACUGGGGUACAUGUCUAUUAACUGUAAAUAAGAGCAAUCUGUAUUGUAAGUUUCAAUAUAAUUUGUAAAUAGCAAAAAAAAAAAAAACGAGUGUACCAUCUUUUUAUACCCACUAUUACAACACAGUUCAGAUGAAUUAUGUGCAUCUAGUUUUAACACUUUUGUGAUUGAUUAUAUUUUUGUACUUGUUAACCAUAAUGGGAAAUGGUUUAGCAAACAUCUGUCAUAUAUAACGCUUUGGUUGUCAUUUGCCAAGUUUGAAUGUAAUGUUCACAUUGAUAUUUACAUGACAGUUUUAAAGCUUGAGCUUAAUCUGUGCUGUAUAAUACUUAAAAAUAAAUAAUAAUUUUCCGAUUUGGAUAUGUAAAAAUGUAAAUACAUGCCUGAUACAAUUUAAUGCAUAGAUGGGACAUCCUUUUAUUCCCAAGUAAUGUAAACAGCACAUUUUGAAAUGUGAUCUUCCAAGCAGUGCACAUUCCUGAAAGCAUGUAUAACUGAGAUUUUCAUAAUCCUCAGAUCAGUUAGUUACAUAUACACUCGGAUGCAAAAUCAAACCAUUCUAAAACUCAUUUUAAUAGCAACAAUUUUUUUCCAUUUAAGCCGACACUGUUUUUCUCUCUCUCAAAAUGUUUUUCUCAGUGAAAGGCUGUGCUGGAAUUGUUUUAAUGAAUUGCUACUUAUUUUUGUUAUCUGACAGCUGCAAAACCAAAUAAAGUGUUCAAUUAUCAA